CAUCACUGCGGAAACGUAUUUGCUCAGGAUAUAGCAAAUGCACAUACAUCGCGCUUUACUGAUCCGGUAGCGAGACUGCUCUAUCGGGCUAUUUAGGGUCGAAAAGGGUUUUUCUUGAAUGUGCCAGGAAUGGAGCAGGGGCCUGGUACGGUGUCGGGAGGUGGAUUUAUAUCCCUGAGUGAAAAUGAACAAAGAUGUUACUCAGAUCUUUAUACUUUGUGCCAAGCUGACAGCUCGGGGAAACUAGCAGCCAGUAAAGUGGGAGAACUCUUCAGAGCAUCUCAGCUACCUGCAGAUACACUUCACCAGGUCACCGAGCUGUGUGGAGCAAAGCGCCUGGGAUACUUCGGUACUGGGCAGUUUUAUGUAGCGCUAAAGUUAUUAGCUGCAGCACAAUCAGGCUUCCCAGUACGGCUCGAAAGCAUUAAAAGUGAAAUGCCACUUCCCAGGUUUGUGGGAAUGAAAAAUGAUGCUGAGGUGCUGAGGUAUCCAAACCAUUCCCAAAAUACUGAGAGCCAGGGGUAUCAGCUCGGGAAGCCGCCAAUGACAGUCGCCCGGCCCAGCCUGGACAGGGACGCCCUGAAACGCACAGAGAGUUUAGGAGAUAAACAGGAGACCCGCUCGCCUCCACCGUCGCCACUAAGGUCACCUCCCAAUUCUCCUUCAAGCUCAAGCAACCAGGACAGGCCUCUGAGCUAUUCUUACGGGAAAGAAUGGAGCAGCACGGAACAGCUGACAGGUGGAGAAACCAGACACCCAGCAGCAUCUGAGAUGUCUUCCUAUGAAAGUAAACACCUGAGUCGGCCUCUGCUCCAGCAGGAAGUAUCAUCUCCUAGUAACUAUGGAUCCAAGUCUUCACUCACGCAUUCCUCAGUCACACGGGCCCUUUCAGUGGAGAGAAGCGCAGAGGAGGGUAGUGCUGAUUACCACGAUGACCCCUGGAGGAUUACUGAAGAACAGCGGGACUACUACACCAUGCAGUUCAAAUCUCUGCAGCCAGACCUCAACUCACUCAUUUCAGGUUCUGUUGCUAAGAAUUUCUUUACAAAAUCUAAGCUUUCAAUACCUGAACUCUCCCAUAUAUGGGAACUGAGCGAUGUUGACUGCGAUGGAGCCCUGACGUUGCUCGAGUUCAGCGCUGCCUUCCACCUCAUUGUUGCCCGUAAGAACGGAUACUCUUUACCAGAAAAACUGCCUCAGACACUGCAGCCUGGUUUUCUGCAAAGAGAUGCAGUGUCUCCCAAGACAAAGCGUGACGGUACAUUUUUGGGUUCUUAUUCUGAAUUGGUGCCAUCAAAUCAACAACAGAAAGAACCAGCUUAUUCUGAGCAGUGGGAAGUCAUCAGUGAACUACCCAGAACACCAGAGCCUCUCAUUGUAUUUGAAGAUGACUCCAGAACUGCUCCACAGGAAACAAACACAGUAGAAUCCAUACAACUGCCUUUAUCUGAUAAAAGCACGCCGAAGCAAGAGCCAAGGAUUGACAACAGCAUGUCAGCCUUUAGCCCGAAGAGAAACCCAGCUUUCAAAGACACGUCAGCUGAACACACACCGUUGGAAAAUACCCCGGCCGCUAAGACAGAUCCCCCACCAGAGCUGGAGCACCAAGUCAAGUCAAGAACAAGACAGAGGUCGUACUCCAGCACCUCAAUAGACGAUGCCAUGAAGAAGGUUGAGGAGCCCCCUGCGCCACCUCCCAGGCCACAGAAAACACACUCCCGAGCAUCUUCUCUGGACCUCAACAAAAUCUUCCAGCAGAGUAGUCAAGGCUUCAAGGGUGGUUGGCUGCCCCCCCCAGCUAUCCCUCCAAGGCCUUUGGCAGCACAGAUCCUACAUUUUGUUUCCAGCACAGAAACAACAUCUGCGCAAAAGUCAGUCCAGAAAAUCAACUUCGCAGAUUUCAGCAAAUUCAGUGAAGAGGAAGAAAACGCUGCGAAGAAUGAUGCUCAGGGUCAGCUGGGCAAGGCCGCUGGAAGCUCAGAAGAAAGCAGCCCACUUAAAGAUAUCUUGCCGGCUCAGCGUCCACAGAAACCAAGCCGCAGGAAAUGCCGUCCGGAGAGUCAGAACCUGGACAGCCAGGAGACGACCCUGCCCCUGCCACCUCCCUCCUCCUCUGCUCCUGGGACCAAACCACAUCUUCCUGUCCAAAAGCAGUCAUCCAGGCAGAAGAGGGCCAUUCAGACUGCCAUCCGCAAGAAUAAAGAAGCCAACGCAGUCCUGGCCAGACUGAACAGCGAACUCCAGCAGCAGCUCAAGGACGCUCACCUGGAUAGAAUCGCUUUGGAAACCCAGUUGGAGCAGCUUCGCCCUGUCUCAUACUUAUGACCUUCACAUUCCCUUCUUCUGAGCAGAAAGCCUUCAAGCAAAAAAUAAUCCAGUCUUUUGAAAUAGUAAAGAAUGGACUUGUGUAUGCUAUUAUACUGUACUGUACAUACAGUACAAUAUGUGCACAAUGCAAGCAACAAGGGACUUUUCCUAUUGAAAAGUUGUACCACAGCUUGCCCUGCCACUUUAUUAGUGCCAGGGUAGUCCUGUGCACGACUAGUGACAGGGCAGAAUUUGUUCUGUGUACAGCCUUUUUUUAUUAUUUAUUGUCAUAGCCGGAUAACCCCCUAUGAGGUUUAUGACUUAGAGCUGAUAUAAAUAUGACAGGGCUUUGGUGCCAUUUAAUAACGCCUCUCUUGACAGUAACAUGGCUUCAGCUGUGCUAAAAUAGAUUGGGGAUAUCUGAGCAUUCCCCUGUCUGGAUGGCAGCAUAGAAACCUAUAUCUUUACACUAGAACUGUCAUCAAAAAAGGCUGUUACUGGAGCACCUUGGACAUCAAAAGAUAGAACCAGCAUCCAGUGUGUUCACAUUCUAUUGAUUGUCUGAAUGUAGAUGUACAUUAGUAAUACACUGGCAGGGCAGCAUACAAUACAUACUGGGUAUACCUCAAUAGAAGCCUCAGAAUACAGUUGACUAAUGUUAGAUUUGAAAGAGCACAGAAGGCUGGUUUAGGGAACACAGGAAUAGAAAACCCAUAAUCUUUUAUGGACAGGAAAUUACAGACAAACAGGAACUGAAGGAUAUUGGUUCUUUCCCCAAUACAUAUAAUGGGUUUAAGGAAGCCAUCAACUUGAUACUGGAGACCUCUGAAUCUCUUAACAGUCUCCUACUACUGCUGGCCCGGCUUUAGACUUUCCCAGCCUCUGUUAGUACUGAACACUGCCAGCUACACACCCUGCCUAACGGCAGUACUGCCAUUCCAAAGCGCGUUGGCAGGACAGUUCAUCUUUUGCCAGUGAUGAGAGUAAUGAUCUGCAUGUCAUUGGCGCACAUACGUUACAGUUUGUAAUCGAGACAUAGUAGCGAAAAUAUAAAGGGAGAAAAUUUGGGAGUGCUACAUGUUGUACUGAGUAGAUCAGAUUUCUGCUUUUUGAACAAGCAAGCAACUUGUGCAUUCCUGUUUUAAAGGUUGUCUGUUUGCUGCCUACCUGCUGGUAGUGUGCAUUUUAUCUGCACCAGCAGGUGGGCAGUGAAUAUGUAUACACUGUGGUUAAUGGCAACUUGACUGUUCUGCAAUUUCCUUAUGUGUAUUUCCUUACUUACUAAGCUUGAAUACAAAAAUACAAACAGAGUAAAACAGCAAAAGCUUAAUAUAUCUGCUCUUGUCGGGUAUGGUCCUGAUUCACAAUAGUCAAAUGCAGUGUUCUGUGAUGAUGUAAAGUGUAACCUGUUUCUAAAUACAUAAGGGGAGGGGGGGGGGGGGGGGGGGGGGAUUCACAUAUAAGUUGACAAAUGAAAGCAGUAAUCAUCUUCCUGACCUCUCCUGCUUCUUACAUCCUAUUAAAUAUCUCUCUUCCUCCUCAAAGCUGAUAGUCCUUGACCCUAAUACAACUCUUACAGAUACAGUACCUGACUGAUUAUAUCUCCUUGAGACCUGAUCUUGUAUUUGUAUUUUAUUCUCUAAGCAGAAAGUGAAAAUCCAUGAGUGACCAAGUGCGUGACCCCAGUGACUGAAGGGGAUAUUUUUCUGGUGUUUCACUUUUUAGUCAUAUGAGCUCUUUAAAUACUGCAGCUCUAUUGCCCAUGGAUCACGAUGCAGUGUAGUUUCUGAAUCACACGCCUCUUCAGGUAGCACAGGGUGUUGCUUUAAUUAAGUCUCUGGGCUGCAUUAGAGAUGGUAUUGAAUAUUGACAAUGGAGUUAAGCCGCAAGACACAGAUAGGUGUGUGGCGUACUUGUGGCAGUAGGAACAGCUGAUUCCACAGCAGCUUUUAUUUCAAGUGAAAAUUGUUUACUGUUAAGACUUACUGGUUUAUAUCCAGCACAAAGUUUAGAUGCAAAGGGUAUUCUUUAUAUCAAUCACAAAGAGGCCAAUAUCCAGAAUACCUAAGCUGUUAACCAUUGCAGCUGCUUACAUGUUGUAGCUGCCACACACAGCAUACAUACAAACACAUUGCCCAGUGCAUUUCAUAACAUAAAAAGCUUUCAUUUGGUAAUUACACAUGCCAUUUUAGAACACAUCUAUGCUAACAACAUUUUAGGGUUUACAGUUUGAUUCCAGCUUGAUCAGAUGUUCCCCUGUGGUAAUUAGGUGGGAGACGACUAGGUAUUGCCUUGUUUGCGCAGUAAACUGCGGAUUAGUCAUUGCAUCAUUUGUAAUACUUCCAAAAAACAGAUACCGAACACUUAAGGAAUGUCAAGUGACUAGAUCCGAAACAAAAGCCAACAAAAGCUUGUCGGAAAAAUAUUGUGCAACAAUGUACAGCAGUCCAUUCUUUAUUAUUUUCUAUGCAAAAUUGCGGUGCUGGUACUUCAUUGUUAUUCCCUUUCCUUUUUUUGAUACGUGUGUGUACAUUUGUACUUUGGUAUAUUUAAAUGAUAUACAGCUUACAGAGAAUGGUUAUUUUAAUGUGCAUAUUAAUGGGUGUGGUUUGCAUUGUCUAUGAAGGGACACAUGCUGUACCGCUUUUAAGAACGUAAAUCAAAAAAACGCAAUCAAGGUGAAGUCAAAUAAUAAAGCAGACAUUUAUGAACGUUUUUUUUCUGUAUUUUUUUUAUUUUAUUUGUACAUGAACAUGCAGGCAUAGCUCUUCAUGUCACAAUUGGAAUUAAAUGUCACCAACAUGUGCAACUUAGAUAUAUUAACAGAUAUUCUGAGAGUUAGCUGCUAUGGACUUGAUCUCGUCCAGAAGUAUAAUAGUCAACAUCAAGUUUUAAAGCCUAGCAGGUGUGAAGUGGAAACAGAAGAUGAAGGACGUCCCUCUCACAGGUCAGUUCAGCUGCUGUUUCCACUUCUCACCUGAAAAAAAGACCUUUGUGGUGUUGAAAGCUAGUGGAUUUUACAGUAUAUACAUAUUUAUACUCUCGUUUUUGGACCAGUACAGCUUAUACUUUUCUACUCUAUAUCAAAAAACAAACAUAUCCCUAAGUUAAAGCAUUCUCACUUGAAGGUCUGGGAAGAAGUUUAAAUUGCAGCUUUUGUUUUUUUUUUUUUUUUGUUUGUUUUUUGUUGAUGGAAAAAACUUGCAUGACCUUUCAGAUCAAGAAAACAUGCAAAAUGAACACCAACACCUAUCACUUACAACACUAACUUCUUUAAUACUGUGGGCUGGGCUGAAUGCAUCUCUGCCAUCUGAGGGAAAUUUAAGCAAAUUUAAAACCUUACUAUGACACCAUCCUUUGAACGCCUUUGUGCUGUCCUGGGUCUUAGAAUACGAUUAUUCUAUUUGGGGUUUGGUGGUGGUGGUGGUGGUACAACUCAAGACCUGGAGUUAACUUUGACAACUGAUUGGCUUUGUCAAUUUCAGAUACUGCCAGUAAUGGGAUUCAUUUAGGCUAGGUGGUUUCUUUUUUUUUUUUCAUUAGACAUAAUAAGACAAAAAAGGGACCAAGGUUGCAUCUUCUCCACUAGCACGGUGCCCACAAUCACAUUGCUGGUCUCCCAACUAAGUAACUCCAGUCUGAAAGCUGGACUGAAACCUGCAAGCCUAUUUCUUAGUGACACAUUUGCAUGCAAAUAGAUCAGCCCAGAAUUUCAAAUUGAAUGUAGGCAACCUAGUCAUUCUUGCUUGGCAUCAUCAACCAGACAGCUUUGCUGUAAAGCAGAGAUAGCAACAGCUAACGCUAAUGGCCCUGUUUUCCAAUGCAUGAAGCUAUUUUUAGCACCCUGGCACCAGAUUUGCAACCCUGGGUGUUUACUUGCCUGCAAGCCUGUCACUAAUUUGUAUAGAAUCCAAAGUACAGCCAUGUGCUUUGUGGCACUUGUUUGACAUUUAACUUGCAAUAUGUGAAUGAAACAGCUGGCACAAACCAAGUGGUAACAUUAACAAGCAAAAUAGGAUGCUGAGCUGGACUUGUACAUACAGUAAGAAGAGUAAAGCUCCCAACUUAAUGAAAAAUAUUCUGUGCAGGUUAGCUCAAUGCUUCCUUUACUGCCAUCCUUUA